GGUGUGCGAGCCCCGGCCGGGGCGUGCUCGGCGCGGGGCACCAUGGUGGAGAAGCGGUGCCCGCGGCUGCAGCGGGACGGCGUGUACCGCUGGUUCUCCGAGCUGCCCUCCCCGCAGCGCGUGGAGUUCCUGUGCGGCCUCCUGGACCUGUGCAUCCCGCUGGAGCUGCGCUUCCUGGGCGCCUGCCUGGAGGACCUGGCCCGCAAGGAUUAUCACUCCCUGCGCGACUCCGAGAUCAAGGCGAACAACCCCGCCGACCUGGGCAGCCUCACCAACCUGACGGACGAGGUGGUGCGCAGCAAGCUGCUGGUGUCCCUCGCCCUGCUGGGCUCUGCCCACCGCGAGGCCGCCGGGGUCCUGUUCCGCACCCUCACCCACAUCGACUCGGUCAUCAACAACUACGGGCUGCAGCUCAACGAGGGCCGCACGGGGGAUGAGUUCCUGUUGCUCUUCACCAUGGCAUCCAACCACCCGGCGUUCAGCUUCCACCAGAAGCAGGUGCUGAGGCAGGAGCUCACCCAGAUCCAGAGUCUCAUGGCCAGCACCAGCAAGAAUCCCAGCACCUCUACCCUCAACACCAUGGCAACCUAUCCUGGCUGCCACAAGGUCACUCCAAGAUCAGAGACCCCCAUCAAUAGUGUCAGUAACAGUUUGGAAAAUGUGCUCCACACAUCCACACAUUCCAUGGAGGAGUCACUACCCAAGAGGCCUUCAGGGAAACACUCCAAAGUGAGUGUUGAAAAAGUGGAAUUAAAGGGACUGGCACACAAGAAGAAUGAAAGAAAUGUUGAGUAUUCCUUUGAGGUCCUGUGGUCUGAUUCUUCGGUGACGUUGGUAACCAAAUCUUCUGCUGAAGUGACUGAAUUUAUUUCAAAGCUGUCUCAGCUGUAUCCAGAAGAAAACUUGGAGAAAUUCAUUCCCUGCUUAGCUGGUCCAGAUUCAUUUUACCUGGAACGGAACCAUGUGGACCUGGAGUCAGACCUGAGGUACCUGGCCCCGUUCCCUUCCCAUGUGGUGAAAAACGACCACGUCAGGAAGUUCUUCAGCACUUCAUCUCCCUCCCAGCAACUUCAGAGCUCAAAUCCUGGCAACCCCUCCCUGUAUAAAGUAGGAACUACGCUGGGAACAUCUGGAAGACCCAUCUGUGGGGUGGCUGGAAUUCAGUCCUCCCAGAACCACGUGCAGCACUCGGCUGCAGCCGCCGUGUCUCUGCCGCACUGCUCGCACGCGGCAGGCGCCGGCUCCUCGCUGGCCUAUCGCUCCCAGCUGGAAAACUCCUCCCCAGCCAUGCUGAUGUCUUCCAGCCCUCAGACCCCUCAGCCACAGGAGCAGAACGGGAUCCUGGACUGGCUCAGGAAGCUGCGCUUGCACAAGUAUUACCCUGUCUUCAAACAGCUCACCAUGGAAAAGUUUCUGAGUCUUACUGAGGAAGAUCUAAAUAAGUUUGAGUCCCUCACCAUGGGAGCAAAGAAGAAGCUGAAGACCCAACUAGAGCUGGAGAAGGAGAAAUCAGAGAAGCGGUGCCUGAACCCCUCCACAGCCUCCCCAGUGAGCAGCAGUGGCGUGGCCAGGGUUCCCCCCACCUCCCACGUGGGGCCCAUCCAGAGCAUCCGGGGCAACCACGCCGCAGAGCUGCGAGUGGACGUGGAUCAGCCAACCCACCCCCUGCCCCGGGAGGGCAGCUCCUCCGAGUACUCCAGCUCCAGCUCCAGCCCCAUGGGCAUCCAGACGCGCGAGGAGAGCUCGGACAGCGCCGAGGAGAACGAGAGACGCCUGGAGCUCCACCUGGACUCCUCAGACAAGGAGAAGCCGGUGAUGCUGCUGAACCAUUUCCCCUCGAGCUCUGCCAGGCCCACGGCGCAGGUGCUGCCCGUGCAGAACGAGGCUGGCUCGGGCCCCGGCGGCCACCACGCGCUGCCCAUGCAGAUGCUGUCCCCCAGCCCCUCCCACAUCACCCCCAUCCGCAUGCUGGGCUCCGUGCACAAAGCCGAGCGCGGCUCCGCAGACAUGAAGCUGCUCUCGUCCUCUGUGCACUCCCUCUUGUCCUUGGAAGAAAGGAAUAAAGUGUCUCCCGGCUCGAGGGGCAGCAUCAAGAUGGAGAAGGGCUUUGGGAACGCCGUGGUGGACGUCAUGUCCGCGUCCUCUCCGCACCAACCCCUGCAGGUGCUGUCGGGGGGCGCCGAGAGCAACUCCCCCACGUCCACCAUGAACUUUGGGCCUCGCACCAAAGUCGUCCACGCUUCCACUCUGGACAGAGUGAUCAAACCAGCCCAGCAGCCAGGACUCAUAGUGGAGACGAGCACUGCUGCCACGGUGACGUCCAGCACAGUCUUCCACGUGGCUCGUCCGCCCAUCAAGCUCCUGGUGUCGUCGUCUCUUCCCACCGACUCCGCCAUGGCCGGACAGACUUCCUGCUCCAGUAAUAUGCAAAUAACGGUGUCCCCCGCAAUAAUCAACCCCCGGACUGCUCUGUACACAGCCAACACCAAAGUUGCCUUUUCUGCCAUGAGCAGCGUGCCCGUGGCGCCCAUGCAGGGCAGCUUCUGCGCCAACAGCAACGCGGCCUCCUCCAGCAGCCACCCGUCCCCGUCCUUCACCACCAUGGCCAACCUGCCCAGCUGCCCCGCGCCCAGCUCCAGCCCCACGCUCUCCUCCGGCGCCGACAACAACUUCUACAGCGGCGGCGGCGGCGGCGGCUCGGCCGGGAGCGUGCCCGUCCCCAACCAGAACCAUCACCACCACCACCACCAGCAGCCGCCGCCGCAGCCCCCCGGCUGCAUGGUGUGCAGCUCCUGCGGCUGCAGCGGCAACUGCGGCUCCAGCGGCAUGACCGUCAGCUACGCCAACUAUUUCCAGCACCCCUUUUCAGGACCUUCCAUGUUUACUUUCCCUUUCCUGCCCUUCAACCCCCUGUGUAGCAACGGCUACAUCAACACGCAGCAGUACAACAGCAGCACCACGUUCCCCGUGGUGCACACGGCCUACAACAGCGGCCUGGCCCCCGACUCGGUGAUGGCAGGACAGUCCACCUUCGCUGUGCCCCCCAUGCAGAACUUCAUGGCGGGCACAGCCGGGGUGUACCAGGCACAGGGGAUGAUGGGCAACGGCAACGGGUCGAGUCACAAAAAAAACGGCAACCUGUCGUGCUACAACUGCGGGGCCAGCGGGCACAGAGCUCAGGACUGCAAACAGCCGCCCAUGGAUUUCAAUCGGCAAGGUACGUUCAGGCUGAAGUACGCCCCUCCCUCUGAAAGUCUGGACUCCACAGACUGAGCUUUCCCCACCUGGCACCACGAUGCUGUAAAGCCAUGGAGAGCGACGGAGAUCGAACCACAAAACUGAGACGUCCAGUUGCUGUUAAGCUUAAUGUAUUUUUUAAUCCAAAGGUGCUUUACUUUAUUAGACUAGGUAGAAAAUCUAGCUUAGGGGUGCAGCCAACCCAGUUUUGAUUGCCAAAUCCAAGCUUUGUUGUUGGAACUCCUGACUGCGUGUCCUCGGAGCGAUGGAUGGACAGAUGGAUGGUGGAGCUGGCCAGCUGCAGUUCCUGCUGGAAGUACAACAUCCCCUGGGCUUUUUUUGGCUGGAGAACGUUGCCACAAUGGGACUUUUCCAAGGUGAAAGGCCUGACUCCAGGGCAGCUGUGUUCUGAGGAGGAAGGUAGGAGUGGCCGGAAGGACUUUGGCACCCCUGGGCUAGGUAAAAUGUCUACUUUUUUUCAAAAGUGAUCAGGCACUAAUCUCUGGGAUUUUUAAGGAUUGCACUACAGAAGAAUGUAAAACUCUUCAAGCUUUCUGCACUUUUAGCAGACAGUGUCACUCUGAGACCAGUGCAAGAGGCAAAGAAGUUCCAACCUUUACAAAUUGGCACCAGCAGGCUUACGGGACUUAAUUCCACAAUAAAAAUCCUAAAAAUUCUCUUUUUUUUCCCUUCCAAAAGAACACACACAGCAGUUUCGAUUCCUUCUGGAAACAAACUCGUGCUUCAUUGUCUCACCUAUUUCUAGCUAGUGCUGGCUUCCCAGCACUGGAAUAAACUUAGUUUCCAAGGGUCCAAGUCCCAGAGACUCCAGAGUCAUAAAGGCUUCAAGGAUAUUUUCCUGUUAUACACAAAACCUUUACGUCCUGUUACUGUAUAUAGGUCUCUUUCACAGAAACCUUAUUAUUCUGCUUUUGUAAAUGAAUUUUAAACCAUCCUUAAAAAAACAAAAAAAAAAAAAUCAAACUAAGAACUCUGGCAGCAGAGUUGAUAAGCUUUUGCUUUACUUUAUAUAAAAUACCCUUUGGCUCCUUAGCCCAGGAUUCAGGAGUGGUGGGAGUCAAACAUGUAAAAGGUAGUAAAAAACUUCAUUAUUAUCAAGACUUGGAAGGAUUUCUUGUCGGCCUCCUUCGUUGCAGUAGGUUGUAGAUGAGUAGCUUUGGUGUUAACUACUUAGUCCAUCAUUUGUGGGUGACAAAUCUAAAUUAGGACUCGAGAGGAAGCCAAACCCAUCUCGAACUGCUAAUUUGAAACACUUUGGUCCUGUCUGGUUGAAAGAAGAUCCUAAUCCUCAUGGCUCCCCCCCUGGGAAUUUGAAGGCAUUAAAUGGGUGAGGCCUCCUCUGUAGAAGUGUCUGACAGAGAGAUCUUUGCAUCCUGUAAUUUGGGAGACACCUUUAAAGUCUGAAGCCUUGUUUACACUUGGAGGUAAUUCCUUACAGCAGGAUGAAUCCAUAGGAACUGGGGAGUCCUCUGGGAGCAGGAGGGUUUGGAGCUGUGCAGAGCUGCCCCCAGGAGAUGGGAGGGGAAGGAACAUUCUGGGCCAUCCCUGUGUCCCAGGGCAGGCUCAGCCUCACGGGAUCAUGAGCAUCAUGAAUGUGGGUGGGCAGAACCAAACUCGGCCCAGGGAGGGAUCCAAAAUCUGAAUUUGCAGAACGGUUGGUUUAAACAAGCAAACAAAAAAAUUACCCUUUUUAUUGCUAUGCAAUAAGAGCCCCCUGAUUUGUGUGUCCCCAGCCCAGCUCUUGGCUCUGCCUGUGUUUGAGGAUGUUCCCUGUGUUCCCAUGAACCUUCAGACCUACAACACUAAAGGGAUGAAUACUGACAAUGCAAUUUACUUUGCCUUAAUGAGCUCGAGACAAUGGUAGGAACAGUCUGUCCCACUGCAUCAUGCCCAAGGAAAAUGUGCAGUUCCAUGUUUACUAUUUGCAGCUUUGAGGGUCUCUCCAGUGGCCUGGAACAUGUGCUGAAAGCCAAACUUAGUGUUAUUAUAUUAUUAUUAUUGUUGUUGUUAUUAUUAUUUUUUUUCACUUUUUUUAAACAAUAUUUUAAAAUUGUAUUUAAAGAAACUGUAUUGCAACACACAUGUGAGUGUUCAAAAUCCUCUUGAAACAGCAAAAAACAGCAGCAGCAAAAAACAAACAAAAAAAAAAGGUCAUUUCUGUACCAGUUGUGUUUUGUUUUACUGCCCAAGGCUGGGCACAGUUGUGUCUGAUCUUCAUCACAGAAAAAAAAAAUCAUAUCAAAAGGACUGUAAAACUGAACUUCUGUCCAGCAAAUUGUUUCAUUCCUUUCUCCAGAGCUUUCUUUAGGAUCCUUUCCUGUGUGUAGAGUUAAGGCUGAUGUUUCCAGCAAACUGUUUCAUUCCUUUCUUUGGGAUUGUUUCCUUUGUGUCAAGCUAAGGCUGAUGUUUCUCCAAGUGGCUCCUGGCUGCGUUGGGAACGGUUGGGUCUGGGUUUGGAUAACAUCCAAUCCAGAAGGACCUGGAGGCAACACGAGUGUCCAAGAGGAAAAUCUGGUGAGCCAGCAGCAACCUCAGAGCCUUCCCCAAAUCCCAGAGAGUUGGGGCUUCAGACCUGCCAGUGAACACCCUCCACUCUGUACCCAGAACAACCAAAGUUGGUAAGUCCGAACAGAGCACCUUAAUUCCACAGAAUUAUCCUUAAUCUGUUCUUAAAAGGCACAAAUCCAUCUUUCUACCCCUAAAAAGCAAGGCAGCUUGGGUUGGAAUAGUAGAGUUUCCAGCUGCCCUGCCUGAAAGAACCAGUUCUUAAAGCCUAUUUUUGUACAUGAAAAGAUGGAGAUUUCAAAGAAUGUUAUUUAGCCCUAUCUUUGUCCUGCAAGUAUAAAAAGAAUGAGUUCUCCAGCUGGAUUUCCCUGGGGAAUGGGGAAUGAUUUUUCAGUGUAAGAGGGAAGGGAAUCCCCAGUCAUCUCCUGCAGGGGCCCAGAGAAUCAGUGAGGAGCCUUUCCCAGGGGAGGGGGUGCUGCAGUUCCAGCUGCAUUUUCCAUUGGAUGAUGGAAAGACUCAAAAUAGGAUGGAAUUUCCAGCAAACUCCUCCUCACCCUGCAAAUUAAGCAUUAAUAAAUAUUCUGGGCUCAACCCUACCAGGGAGAGCAGAGAGGGAAGAGAGGGAACCAAGAUUCUGAUCAGAGGGUUCCACCCAACUUCCAUUGGAAAUUACUUUUGAACCAUUAUUAAAGUUUAUCAAAACUGGUUUUUAUUCAGCUCUGUCACACUCAGCUUUUUAUGAAACCUUUUCAUACCACAGUCACUCAAUCUUGGCAAAUGAAGCACCAGACUUCCCAAAGUCACAGUCCAGCACCAAGCCUUGGCCAUCCCCCCAAACCCAGGGCAGAGAUCCUGGGAUGAGCCAGGCUGGGGCACCAGGCAGGGCAAAGCUCCUCCCAAAAUCCUGCAGGGGAGCAGAGCUGUGCCACAGGGACCCUGGGGCGCUGAUCUGGGCUGGGCUGGGACACGGAAAUGGGAUGAACACGGCAAAUCUGGACAAAAAUCCACAUAAUGGAGCAUUUGUGAGAGUAGGAAUCACUUUGGCUGGUUGAGGCCCCACAGCUCUUGUAAUAAACCCUUGGAAUUCCCCCUUUGUUCCCUGAAAUGUUCCUGAUGUACACAAGAACUGUGUUGGUACUGAAGCAGAAAGCAAAUCCUGUGUGUUUUCAAGUGCAGAUUAACAGCUUCUCUUGGACAUAACUUUCCAUUAGGAAUGAAGGAAAUUCCUGCUCCAUUUGAGCCAUUUCUUUUACUUCGAUCACUUCUAGUAUUACAAAUUCUGCAUGUAACUUUAUAAAUAUUUUAAAUAGUUUUGUAAAUAUUUAAUAUUCAGCUAAUUUGAUUUUGAAUUGUAAAUGUCAAGUAUUCUGGUAUUGGGAUUUUUAUGUUUUAUUAUACUUUGUUAAAAGUUAAAUUGUACAUUUUUAGAAUGUUUUUAUCUGAGUAAAUUUAAUGUAUGGAAAAUAAAGAGUUAAACAGAAUCCCUUGGCACUGGCUUUCAUUUUAAAGGGAUUCAGCCUGGCAGCAGCAGGGAAUUAUUUUUAAUUCCUUUAAUUAUUUUGCUGUGAAAACGCCUAGGAAUAACCACACGAGCCAGAAUUAAGUUGGGAUGUAAUCCAUCCAUAUCAGCACUGUAUUAAUUUUAAAAAAGCAACAUUUUGUACAGGAAUAUCAGUCGAUCACGUCGUAAUUACAAGUACAGUUGUCAGUUAAUGAGUUAAACGAGUUCUUACACGAACAGAACUAAACAGAGAACAAGCUGCAUCGAAAAGUUCACGUCGGAGUAAAAACACAAAAGGACAAUAAAAAACGGGCAGGGGGCCCUGGGAGGAAGGAGAUGCAUGCAAAGAGUGGAGGAGAUACGAGGAGGAGGAGGAGGAGGAGGUACAACGCGUGCACCCCCCCAGUGCCAGGCGCUGCAGUAUUGCUUCUGUCCCCGCCGCGGGGAUCCCGCCACGCCUCGCUGGACAGCGCUGCAGGAACACAGGUUUGUCCCACGGGAGAGCUCCCCUCUGCACAGCCUGCCACACAGGAGCCUCCAGCCGUGCCACAGAUCAUUUGUUCAGCAGCGACUCCCGGCCCUGAGCUGCUUCUCCCGAUUGCCAGCCCGACCUCCGGGCUGGGAGCACGAUCCUAAGGAUCACCAGCUCAGAUGAACACACAGGGAUUGGGAAUUUAUAACAGACUGGAGUUUAUUUCAGUGUUACCUGUUGGGGUGUGCAUUUUACAGUUAGACACUUUCUAAACUACGAUAAAGCUGUGGUGUUUGGUAUGAGUAUUCCAGAAAGCGGCGCCGCCCCUGAGCGUGCGGCGCCCAAAAACCGGAGACACAGAGAGUUGUCCUUCCCCAGCUCACCCCAAGCACUUGCCUUAACUCCCUGCAGCACUGACACGAGUCUGAUGGAGCUGCAGAAGAAAAUGCUCCCCUUUGGAACAUUAAAAUGCUCUCAUGAGAAACCUUCCCAUUUAAAACCAAAAAAUUAAGGAAUCGUAGGGAGAUUUUCCAGCAAACUCACAGGAAACACUUUAGUUCCUUCCUGGUGCCUGUUUGCUUGUUUAAAGUAAAUCGAGUGUCCCUUUCUCUGCAAGUGUCACAUGCACAACUGGGCUCCUUUCAUCAGGUCCAGACCUGUAAAUGUGCCUGUGUGGAUUAUUAUUAGGGCAGGUUUCAAAGCUGGAGGUGCUCGUCUGUACUGUUUAAUAGUCACAAACAAGGCAAGGUGAGAUGAGACACCCGCUAAA